AUGGUUAGUAAAUGGUGUAGAGCACGCCCCCAAGAGAUGGCCCCCAGCUCGUCAGACCUCGAGUUCUACUACAGCAGGGCGUACCCGUUUGCCCCGGUGUUCCGGUGGCUCAAUGGCGGUCCCGAAGACCAGCCAACGCAAAACGUGACGCACCGGGAGUUGGCGAUGGCCUUCCGGUCCGGGGCGUACAAGCGGUACGUGUCCGUGAACACGCUAGCAGAGUUUGCAGAGACGGUGCGGCGUCUGAACCCUGACCGGUUUGAAGUUGGUGCAGUUUACUCGCGCCCCCCCAAGGAGCGGGACAGUUUACUCAAGAGUGAACUUGUGGCCCUGCGGAAGGAGCUCGUGUUCGAUAUCGAUAUGGACGACUACGAUAGUUACAGAACCUGCUGUCAGGGUGCUCGUGUGUGUACCCGCUGCUGGAGGUUUAUCCAGCUUGCGAUUGAGGUCAUUGGCACCGCGCUGCGCGAGGACUUCGGGUUUUCCACGUUCGUGUGGGUGUUCUCAGGGAGACGUGGGGCUCAUUGUUGGGUCUCUGACCCACGAGCCAUGGCCAUGACGGACCAGCAACGUCGCAACACGCUGGAGUAUUUGAAUGUCGUCAGAGACAGGACCGCGGCGAAACGGCUUAACUUGGUAAGGCCGUACCACCCGUUGCUUGCACGGUCCCUUGAACUGUUGAAACCGCACUUCGCAAAUCUCUUGCUCGAGGAUCAGGACCCCUGGCGCGAUGAUACGCGUGCGAGGGCUACUUUGCUCACGGCGCUCCAUGACAAGUCACUCGCGGAGACGUUAUCCAAACAGUGGACUGAACAACCGGGGAGAUCCUCCUCCGAGAAAUGGCGGGAUAUAGACACUGCAGCUGCAUCGAUUAAGUUCCCCUCCACGGCUCGUAGACAGGACUUCCACGCGAAACUUCACGAGUGCAAGGAGGAUAUCGUCAUGGCCACUUUGUACCCAAAACUGGACGUCGAAGUAACCAAAUUGACUAGCCAUUUACUGAAGGCCCCAUUCUGUGUGCACCCGGCAACAGGGAACAUCUGUGUGCCCAUUUUGGACCCGCUCACGUUCACUCCCGACUCAGCACCGAAACUUAUUACGAUCCAGCAGGAAUGGGAGAAGGACCACAGGGCUCGCAACUCGUUGGAUCCGUUCGUGGACGCAUUCAGCAAGUACGCAGACGAUUUAGCCCUUGCAGAUAAGAAGAGGCCACGCUCACAGGAGGAGCAGCAGUAA